UGGUUUUAGCUGCUGUGAGCCAAACAUUCAAAGUGAUUGAUGUCACAACACCAACAGGUACAAUGGCACAAACAUCUCUACAAUGGCUGAUCUUUCUGACCUCACUGCUGAGCAGCACAACAAACCAAGUCUCUCUGACUGUGAGUCCCAGCAGCUCUCAGAUGGUUAUAGGACAGUUUGUCUCUCUGAGCUGUGAGGAGGACGACAGCUCUGCUGGAUGGACUCUGAGGAGGAACACAAGUAAUAAAACUGGGACUCAAACUGGGAAUCAGUGUGGAGAUGGCUGGGGAAGACCUGCUGGUUCUUACUGUAACAUCAGCUACAUGGUCCCAUCCCACAGUGGAGUUUACUGGUGUGAGUCCAGAGAGGGAGCAACCAGUAACAGCAUCAACAUCACUGUCACUGGUGGACCAGUGAUCCUGCAGAGUCCUGUCCUCCCUGUGAUGGAGGGAGAAGACCUCACUCUGACCUGUAAAACAAAAAUGUCCUCCAACCUCGCAGCUGGUUUCUAUAAAGAUGGCUCCUUCAUCAGGACUGAGCCUGCAGGUCACAUGACCAUCCACCAUGUUUCCAGGUCUAAUGAAGGCCUCUACAAGUGCAACAUCAGCAGUGUUGGAGAGUCUCCACCCAGCUGGGUCUCUGUCACAGGUGAGGAGGUUACCUUUGAUUUCAGGAGUCCAUUCAUCCAGAUAUUCACCUGA